AGCAAGUCGCGUAUCCUAGUCCUGUUCGGUUCAACGCAAAUGUGACCUAUGACUACAAAUCCAACAGAAAUCAAAAGAGCGAGAGAAUUUGAGGGGGGGAGAGAGAGGUUUUCAAGUUUCAACGGAAAUGUCGAACCUCUAUUGCAAUGGUACUGAUCAGAUUCAAGUUCUCUCUCAAUGCAGAUUCCUUUCGCCGUCCAGAACUCUUCCCGAUUGCUGGAUGAACACCGUCGUCCACUGCCCUCCGUUAUCCAAAACUUCUCCUUUGUCUGCUGUCGUGUCUGACCGGGUAGGGUUGAUGUCUGAAUGCGUGGUAAACGGGGUCGAAACGAGUUCUGAGACUUUGGCGGAUCGAUUGCGGCUUGGGAGCUUGACAGAGGAUGGGUUAUCUUACAAGGAGAAGUUCAUUGUGCGGAGUUAUGAAGUUGGGAUAAAUAAGACGGCCACUGUUGAGACCAUUGCCAAUCUUUUGCAGGAGGUUGGAUGUAAUCAUGCUCAGAGUGUUGGAUUCUCGACAGAUGGGUUUGCAACGACCACUACUAUGAGAAAGUUGCGCCUCAUAUGGGUGACUGCUCGCAUGCACAUUGAAGUUUACAAAUACCCUGCUUGGAGUGAUGUUGUUGAUAUAGAGACAUGGUGUCAAGGGGAAGGGAGGGUUGGAACUAGACGUGAUUUUAUAAUUAAAGACUGUGCCACCAAUCAAGUCAUUGGAAGAGCAACAAGCAAAUGGGUAAUGAUGAAUGAGGACACCAGACGACUCCAAAAAAUCUCUGAUGAUGUUCGAGAGGAGUAUCUGAUUUUCUGUCCACGUGAGCCUAGGUUAUCAUUUCCUGAGAAAAAUAAUAAUAGCUUGAAGAAGAUUCCAAAGCUGGAAGAUCCUGCUCUAUAUUCCAGACCAGGACUUAUGCCUAGAAGAGCAGAUCUGGACAUGAAUCAGCAUGUUAACAAUGUCACAUAUAUUGGAUGGCUCCUUGAGAGCAUGCCUCAAGAAAUCAUUGAUAGCCAUGAGUUGCAGAGUAUUACCCUGGAUUAUAGACGAGAGUGCCAACAGAAUGAUGUAGUUGAUUCGCUCACAAGCUUGGAACUACCUGAGGGCAGCGAGGCAGUUUCCGAGCUCCAAGGCACAAACGGAUCCACCAUAACAACGGAAGUUCAGCAAGACUGCAAGCAGUUUCUACAUCUUCUUAGAUUGUCUAGUGAUGGCCUUGAAAUAAAUAGAGGAAGAACAGAAUGGAGAAAGAAGGCACCAAGAGCGUGAAGAUGAGAAUAACCAUUAAUUAGUCUGCCCACACUCAUUGCUUGAUCUGAUUCUGUUAGUGUUUCUUUCCUUUUUACUGUAUUGUAAUUUUUCCAGGAUUUUCCUUUUUCUUAGAUUGAAAUGGUACACUAAUUCCUAUAGUUAGGUUGAAUAGGAGUAAAUAUACAAGCCAAUGGCCACAGAUUCCAUGAAUAUCGUUAAGCUUUACUUGCACGACCUAUAAAUUAAACUUUGUUUUCUCUCAA